GAGGUUUGCGACUGCGAGCUGGUAAGUGGGGACACGAUGCAGCGGAGGCUCGAUGUUGAAAGAGGAACCGAGACCGUUGGGAAAGGUGUUCGAACGAAAGGAAGAGGGAGAAGCUGGCUUGAAGAGGGGAAACCAGGUUCCCAGUUGCCUAUCAGCAGUUGCUUUUACGGAGUGGUGGAAAGCUGGGCGUUACACGGUGCGGAGUUCUCGCAGCAGCCGGCAGAUGUCGAAUGGUCGCGCCCCUAGACAGGGUCUUCACCCCUGAAAAGGUCAGCUCAGGGGCGUAGCGGCCGUGGAAUCGACGCCCAGAAACGCCCAUCGUCGACCCUCCCGCCGCUUCCUCGCCGCAGACGCUUCGCGGCAACCAACUGGACAACCAGCCCGGCCUGGAUCCACAGCGUCGCACAACGGUUCCGUUGAAACCCGCGUCUCUACCAGCGCCGUGUAACCAACUCGCCACGUUUCCACCGAUCAUCCGGAGCAUCGCGUCUCUUCGUCUCUCCUUCCGAUCUGCUUGCUUCGUCCGAACCGUUGGCCUGUGUUUUCGCCUCGGUUUCCUGCUCGUCGACUGGUAGUGCGCGUAUCGUGCGCGUUCACACGGUUCAGUUUAUCGCCACGGUGGGCACGACUCCCCUGUACGCUUAAUUUAGGUUAGAAGAACCACCCGGUACAAGGGUGAACGCGAAAGUGAGAGUGCAAUGGAUUAUGGACGUAUCGGGAAGAUUUUGAGGUUAAGGUACGAAAAGUUAGUGAUGACGAGAAGCAUCGAUGAGGACGAUACGGUUCGUUGUCGGUUGGACUGUCCGUUGAAGUAAUGAGCUGGUGGCUCGGGUGGACUGGUUCUUAGCGUAUUACGCCCGGAGGAUAGGUUAUCGGGGGAAGAUGAGAGAUAAACGCGAACCUCGUGGUGGCAAUCCGUCAUGAACUGGCUUGAACAGUGUCCGUCGGCAAAGAAACUGAGGGAAGAGUACUUUGUGCUCGGGAAAUAACUGAAGCGUGCGCGAGUAUUUCGAAGUUUCUGUCGUGAAGUGUGUAUUCUAUGAUAGAAUUCUGAGACACUAUGCGAGUAGGAUAUCAGGGAUGGGUUGUUAACGAUUUACAGGUGGCCAAUGAUCGAACAGGUGCCCUGUACGAAGACAAUGAUCCCUCCAGGCAACUUGCAGCGGAUGGAAUCCGUUAGGUAACGACCUGAAAUUCAAAUUGUCAAGUAGAUCGAGGGACAAAGCGAAGACGAGUGUUUGACAGUCGUCAUGGAAGGGUUAAAGACUUAAAACAAGAUUUUACAUUUUCGCACCGAUCAACUCGGUAAAACACGAAAGAAAUCUUCUUAAGAAGAAAAAGAAAUAAAAAAGAAAAAGAAAGGGAAACAUGUCGAACACACCACCGGAAUCAUCCACCGGUUUAGAUUCGAACGAUCUCCAUGAGAUCAGGCAGAAUUAUCUAGCGGCCAGGCUGGAGCCCGACGAGUCCGAGAAACGGGAUCAGAUACGAGGAAGUGACGGCAACAAUCCUGACAGCGAUUGCGAAAGCGACACCAGCGAAGUGUUGAGCGUCGGUAGCGAACCGACGCCCACAAGCGUCGUUGGUAUCCGCGGUUGUAGCUCGGUCAGGUACGAGCAGGAAUCGGCGAGCAGUCGCGGUGACUUUCGCGACGAGGAGAACACGAGGACAUCGGCGACACCAUCGCCUUCUAGUUCAGCGAGCUGUAACGAUGCGUUCUAUCAACGAACCGGUAAUCACAUCUCGGCACCGAGUCCACCGGCGUACAGUCAGCCACCGUCAUCGCCCACGGCAUCCUCAGUCAGGUCACCGGCUUCGUCUUCAGCCACUGCUUCGUCCCCGGGUCGGCCCGAAGCGAUUCAAGAGGUCAUAGUGCCCAGGUAUCAAUCCAAUCAUCCUGCACACUUGCUACCACGAUAUUCAUCGAGGGAAACCGAGAUUCCCGACUAUCCUACUCGAGUUCAGCAUAGUCUGAGUCACGAGAUCGUUUACCCGACCGUGGAAAGGCUUCACCGGACUCCGAUCAGCGUUCCUCUAGUGACCAGACUGUCGUUGUCACCACCGUCGGCCAUGACAGUUACCGGUCUGCAAGCGACCACUCCUGUUCUCCAUCCAACAGCUUGCAGAGAUCCUCGAGAAACCGCCUCGCUAAUGCCCCAUCCUGGCCAGCAUUUGCAUCACGCUAACAGCCACGUUCACCUUCAUCAGACGUCCCAGAUACAACACGUUCCGGCAAACUCGGUUCACCAGCAUCGACUUUCGGUCAGCAAGAUUCUUCAAAGGGAACCUGGCAGCCCUUCCUCACCCGGGGCGAGAGAGGAAAACGGAAGGACGAUGCAUGGCGCCAAUGGAGUUCAGAAUAAUGGCAUCAAUAACAGUAACCAUCAUAAUAACCAUAAUAACAACAACAAUCUGCAGCAUCAGGCUGGCUUGAAAUUCAGUAUAGACAACAUACUCAAGGCGGACUUCGGUAGGAGGAUCACCGAUCCCAUAUCAUUGAAGAAGUCUCGGCCGAAGAAGGUCAGCUCGAGGCCCAUUGACUUGACCAAGGACUUUCUAGAGUCGACUACCGAAACCACGGAGAAGAGCAGCUCGGAAACAAGCUCGACGACCAAUACCUCGUCCGGUGGCGGUGUGGCGACCGGGAAUCCUGCCUCGAACACGCCUGUACCACCUGUGACCGAUCCUGGAAAGCAGUUACCGUGGCCUGCCUGGGUCUACUGCACCAGAUACUCGGAUCGACCUUCCUCUGGUGAGUUCUGUUCUCUGUUACGAUCGUUCCUCGAAGCGAGAACCGUGCUAGGAGAACGGAGUCUUUUCUAA